UCCAACGGGGACUUGAAUAUCUUGUCCUCGUCUUCUCUUUUGAGAGAACACCAAACAGUAGUCUCGUCUCCUCGCAAGUCUACAACUUCUCUGAACACGGGAGAUCCAACACGGAAUCCUUCUCCUAAACUGCUUUCUCACGCGCGGUUGAUCAGCUACUCAAGGGCAGAAAUGAAUAGAGUCUUGGAGAAGAAGUUACAGCACAAAAGUUCGACACCAAAAAAACUGGACAUAAACUAUCUAAAAACUAUCACAAAUAAUUUCUCUGAAGAUCGAAUACUUGGAAGUGGUGGGUUUGGAAUUGUUUACAAGGGUGUGCAAGAAAAUGGUGAGGUGGUUGCAGUGAAGAGGCUUACUAUGACCACGGUAGGAAAGGAUGAUAAUCUAUUCUUGAAUGAGAUUCAACUUGUUACGGGUAUAUGCCAUCCCAAUAUUGUAAGGCUCGAAGGCUACUGUUACCACACAGAGACUGAAAUAGCUUCACACGAAGGACGCAAUUUUUUCGUCAAUCAGCUGUAUAGGCUUCUCUGUUUCGAGUAUCUUCCUAAUGGAAGCCUCGACAAGUAUCUCAGUGAUGAAUCUUCUGGUCUAGACUGGCACGCACGUUACAAUAUAAUUAAAGGGAUUUGCGCUGGUUUAUAUUGUCUUCAUAAGGGUAGAGAAGGUGCACCCAUUCUUCAUAUGGAUCUAAAACCUACCAACAUAUUGCUAGAUAACAACAUGACACCCAAAAUCUCUGACUUUGGCUUGUCAAGGCUCUUUGAUGGAGGAAAAACUCAUGCACACACCGAGAAUAUAAUAGGAACACGUGUAUACAUGGCACCUGAAUAUAUUGAUGGCUGCACUCUCUCAAAAGAGGCGGAUAUAUUCAGUCUGGGCAUUAUGAUCAUAGAGAUAAUGACAGGACACAAUAACUACCAUGAAGGAACAAGUGACGAGCAAUUUACUGAGGUAUAUGAUAAAUGGAGGACAAGGUUACAGAAAACAUCAAAGACGACUUCAUUGGAAGACGAAUGCCGACAAGUAGAACAAUGCAUUGAAGUAGGGCGAGAAUGCAUGGAUAAAGAGCGAAACAGAAGGCCAAAUAUAAGAAAAAUAAUUGAGACUUUUGAGGGAACUAAAUGUUCAGGUGGAGAGGAUGGGCACGUCUUGGCCGAGACCGAAGACACGCUAGUAAUCGGCAUCGAUCUUGGCACGACCCACUCCAGCGUCGGAGUCUGGCAGAAUGGUCGUGUGGAGAUCGUCCCCAACGACCAAGGAAAGCGCACAACACCGUCCUGGGUCGCCUUCACCGACAGCGAGAGGCUUAUCGGCGAGAGGGCUAACAAUCAGGUCGCAAGGAACGCAUCAAACACUGUCUUCGAUGUGAAGCGACUCAUCGGCCGGAGUUUCUCCGACGCGUCGGUGAAGAGCGAUGCCAAGUAUUGGCCAUUUGGGCUGAUCCAGGGUCAGGACGACAGGCCCUUGAUCAGCGUGAGUUACCUUGGUGAGAAGAAGGAGUUCUCGCCAGAGGAGAUCUCGGCCAUGAUGCUCGUCAAGAUGAAGGAGACAGCUGAGGUCUUCCUUGGGCCUGGAACGACUAUCAAGAAUGCUGUGGUCACCGUCCCAGCUUACUUCAACAACUCCCAGCGCAAGGCCACCAAGGAUGCUGCCACCAUCGCCGGCCUCAAUGUACUGCGCAUCAUCAACGAACCUACCGCGGCAGCCCUCGCCUUCAGCGAAGGCAGAAAGUGGAGCGACGACGAAGAGAGGACUGUGCUCGUCUAUGACUUGGGCGGUGGGACGUUGGAUGUAUCGCUCGUCGUUGUCAAGAAAGGUGUCUUGCACGUCAAGGCUACCGCAGGCGACACUCAUCUCGGAGGCGAGGAUUUCACCAACAGCAUGGUUGACCAUUUCGUCAAGGAAUUUAAGAAGAAAACCCGGAAAGAUAUCAGCGGCGACAUUAGGGCAGUCCGGCGCCUGAAGAACUCAUGUGAGAAGGCCAAGAUAAUGCUCUCCUCCUACGCCCAGGCCGCUGUGGAUGAGGACGCCCUUUUUGAGGGCAUCGACUUCCACUCCACCAUCACCCGCUCCCUGUUCGAGAAGCUCAACAAGGACCUCUUCCGCAGAUGCAUGGGGCCUGUUCACACAUGCUUGGUGGACGCCAAGAUGGACAAGAACAAAGUGAACGAUGUUGUCCUCGUCGGGGGCUCCACACGUAUCAACCGCGUGCACCGGCUCCUCAAGGACUUCUUCAAUGGGAAGGAGCCCUGCAAGAGCUUGAACGCCGACGAGGCCGUCGCAUACGGAGCAACCAUCCUGGCUGCCAUCCUCAUGGGCCACAAGGAGCAUGACAUCAACCUGCAUCUCAUCGACAUCACACCCCUCUCGCAGGGCAUAAACGUCAAGGGGGGACGCAUGAGCGUGGUGAUCCCGAGGAACACCACCAUCCCCACAAUCAAGGAGAAGACCUUCGUCACAACUGAGGAUAACCAGUCCAGCAUUACCUGGGGCGUGUACGAGGGUGAGAGUGCCAUGACAGAGGACAACAGCCUGCGCGGCAAGUUCACGCUUUCCGGCCUCACGUUGGCUCCUAAGGGAGUCACUAAAGUCAAUGUGCGGUUUGAGAUUGAUGAACACGGGAUCCUGAACGUCUCCGCAGAAGACAAGAAGGCUGCUCAGAAGGAGAACAUUACCAUCAUGAAUGACCCUGGGCGUUUUAGCAUGGAGGAGAUUAAGAGAAUGGUGCAGGAGGCCCAGGAGUACAAGGCCGCGGAUGAGGAGCACUUGAAGAAUGUACAAGCACGGAACGAUAUUGACGAUUUGUUGUACACUAUGCGCAAUAGUAUGAAGAAACUCGAGGACUCAGCUGAAAGAUUGCUCCUUCACCCGGAGGCAACUCGAGAAGAACAUGAAACUAUCAAGAAACUACCAGACACAAUCAAGAAACUCCAGGAAUGUCUUGAAAACAAGAAGCUUACCACCAGCGACAUGAUUGACCAUAUGAACCAGAUUGAGGGUGAAUACCGGAGCAUCACCAGCCAAUUUGGGAGUGCCUCGAACCUAAAUGUCCAAUAAAUCUUACAAGAAUAUUAUAUUGUGCCACCAACCCACACACACAAAAUUAUAUCCAUUUUGUUUUAAUACAAGAAUAUUUCCCUUAUAUCUUAGAUUCUACCGCCCAUAUGUUUACUCAUUGAUCAAGCAUAUACCGCCAUCAUCUAGGGUUCACCAAUAUGUAGGCACGACCCUGCUAGUCCUCUCGGAUCAAGGAACGAUCUAGUUAUUCAUAGUACUAGAUGAAUAGGUGAGCUUUGUCUC